AUGAAACAGGCAAUUGCGCAGGCAGGGUCCAUAUUCACUGGCUGGAUAUCUUCCUGCUUGUUCUGCCUAAGCUCCAAGGGCGAUGACGAGAGCUUCCAUCACCAACAGGCCAUGAAGCAGAAAGGUGCCGAACGAGAAAUGAAAAUAUGUCACACUCAACCUCAUCUCGUUCCUCCGAUGAACCUCGCCGGUGAUGAUGACUUGCCCAGUCCAGGUCCUCCGCCCCGGGUUUCGUCUUUACAGUCGUGGGUGGUGGAAGGCCGAACACGAGCAUCGCGCGCGUCCAACCGAGCAAGUAUCUCGCUCAAAAGGAAGUCAACUGCUCCGGUGAGGAUCAGCGGACCGUCGGACUUCAGACGAGUGUCGAUGUUCCUGACCGAACCGGACGGCUACUGUCCCCUCGAGUUGAGCUUCAACUCCCCAGGCAACCGACUCCCGGAUCUUCCCAGGUUUGACGACUAUGGGCUUGAAAUCAUACGGCCCCCAAGAGCCCUAUCGUCCGCUGAGAUGGGCCGUACAUCGCUCCCACGCUCUCACCGUCCUUCUUCUUCCUUCCAGCUACUGCGAAAGCCAGUCGGCUCGGGUUCCCGUCGAUCCUCGCUGGGAGCUCAAGAACUCCUGGAGAGGCACACAUCCGUCACCAGCCCUUUGAUCCCUCAUUUCUCGACACGUAGUUCUGCGGCUACUGGCUUGACCGCAAGUGUUCUCACUCCCACCACCCCUAGGCCGGACUUAAGCGGUGGCUAUGCGUCCCAGGUUAGGAACGAGCUCCGUCGGGGUACCUACGAAACCGCUGCAUCCACGGUCCCUAGAACUCCCACCAGAUCCAACCUGCAGGACAGGCCCCUACCUUCUAUUCCGACCGAGGAGGAUUCCCCUUCCUCCGGCAGUACUUACCAUCCACCUACCACUCCUUCAGAGAGCCGGCCCCCAACCACACCCUCUGAGAAUUCCAAUCGAACCCCAACCCGGUCGGGGCGCGUUACUCAGUGGCUUUUUCAGACAAACAGCAAGCCCAUCCCUCUUCCACCCAGUCCAGGCAAGGCCAGCGACAAGGGUCCCUUUCGUAUUCGCUCGCGCACGCUGAGUGGCUCUACCCUGGCAUCAUCCAUCACCAACCUCACUGGCGGUCAUAAGAUUACACCCUCUCUCGCCAGCGGCACGACAGCAGCUCCCACGAUGCGAGUAUCGAAUGCCGAGACGCGGGACUUCGACCUCUCUCUUGGCAGUCCAUUCUCACCCAAGCAGACUUUUCCAUCUGUGACGGAAGAGCACACCUACCCCACGAUCUAUGAGGGGGAGCAGCAGCAGGAGCAUGAAGUCUUUGAAGACUUGCGUGCCCAGUAUUACGAGAACUAUCGUCAAUCUGCUGUUGGUCUAGCAUUCUGA